AUGUCCACCACCACUGCUCCAAAUCCUACCUCUAGCCAGGGGCAGAAGAAACCACUAAAACACCGAUCAGUAGUAUCCUCCUUCAUCUUCAAACUCCCUCCAUCUUACCUCCCCCCUUCACCCUACUCCUCCCCAUCCACCAUCCCAACCUCCUCCUCCUCAUCAUCAGCCCCCUCUACAAGCCGCAUUCAAAAACCCCUCGUAGCCCUCUUCAAACGUUCCUCCAUAGUCAGCACCUACACACACCACCACGCCCCCAUCUCCGGCUCUAUCGAGCCCACCGAUUCUUCGCCACUUAGUGCCGCCUGGCGCGAGAUUCACGAAGAAACUACUUUGACGGAGGCUUCCGGGCUGAAGCUGCUUCGGCAGGGGAAACCGUAUUCUUUCGCGGAUGAAUCGGUUGGAAGGGAAUGGACGGUUUGGCCUUUUGCUUAUGUGCUGACGGAACCUUCCGGGAAUGGGGAUGGGGUUGGGGAUUGGGUUGGGAAUCAAAAUGGGGAGGGGAGCGUGGCCAUGAAGGAUAAAAGGAUCAAGAUCGACUGGGAGCAUGAAAGUUGGGCAUGGUUUGAUCCGUUGGAUGUGCAAGACACUUCACAAUUCGGAGGCGUGCCGAAGCUAAAGGAGAGUUUGCGGAGGGUCUGGUUUGAGAUUGAUCUCGGACGGGAAGCUGGUAAAGUUUUGGCGGAGGGGUGUAGGCGCUUGCAAGAGGAUUAUGUGAGCGGGGCGAGGCAGAUGGCUGGUUAUGCGUUGGGUGUCUUGAGGGAUGUGGUUGAUAAGAUGGAUGAUGGUGUCUUUGAUCUUCAUGAAAGAAAUGGAGAUGGUGGAAAAGAACUGGAAGAAGCCAAAUGGUGGAAAGACAUCAGAAUGGCUGCAUGGCAUCUCUGGAAGAACGGACGGGAGAGUAUGGGCGCGGCCAUCAUGUCCGCUUUAUUAUCUGCUUUGGCUGCCGUUGAGGCUGAAGUUUUCGUCCAGGGGCAGCAUUCCACCGGCACCGGCACCACCACCAGCUUCAAUAAUACAAACAACGAACUCAAACGCACCAUCAUCUCCAUUUUAAACCGGCAAAUAUCCACCCGCUCCUCAACAAACGACCAAAUCUCCCAAUCUUUCGCCACUUACAUCUCCCACCACAUGCACCUCUCUUCAGUCGGCGUCAUCGACCCCCACAUGCAGAACCCUCUUUCCAUCCUGACCUUGUCAGAAUCCUCAACAAUCACCCACGCCCUCUCCCAUCUUCCCAGCCUUCUUCCCAACUUACCUCUCGACAUCCGCAUCCUCGAAUCCCGCCCCUUGCUCGAAGGCGUUUCUCUCGCCGCCACCCUCGCCAAAGCUCUCUCCUCACAAGACUCAGACUCCGACUCAGACUCGGCAUCCACUAAAGAUAACCGUCAACGGCAACACAGAAUAACCGUCUACACCGACGCCUCAGCCUGUUUAGCCAGCCGGGGGGUACAUCUGGUAUUGCUAGGUGCGGACCGCAUCGCCUCAGAUGGCUCAGUGAGUAACAAGACUGGCUCGCUAGCUAUUGUCCUCGCUACUCGAUAUAACAGUGACAGCACAAAAGGAGCAGGAGGAGCCAAGGUGGUAGUCCUCUGCGACUCGGAAAAGGUGGCGCUUCCUGGACCGGCAGAGCAACACGUCGUGGAGGAUCAAGGGUGGGAGCAAGUGACGAGGGCGUGGAUGGGCGAGGGGAGUAGUGAGAGGAUUAAAGGGGCAGCUAGGACGGUACUGAACUUUGUUGAUGCCACUACAAGAACCGAAGAGGAAAAGAAGAUGAAAGACGAAGAAAAGGAGAAUAUGGGGGUCAAGGUGGGAGUGAGGAAUGUCUCGUUUGAGUGGUGUCCUGGAGGGUUUAUUGAUACUUAUGUUACCGACCAGGGCGAGUGGAAUGGCGAGAACGUGAAGAGAAAAGCAGAGGCCCUUCAGGUGUUGGAGGAACGGUUAUUUGGCCCGUUGUGA